AUGGCCGACGAAAUCGAAGUCGUCUGCCGCAUCUGUGGCACCCCCCUGGAGGAUGGCCCCUACAAGGACCAUUACGAACUGUGCCCAACGCACUUCGAUAGGGAGCGUUUCUCAGGGAGGCUCAAGCUUCUGAGAAGCGACCCCCCGCGCAAGAAGCGGGGGAGUCAAGCCGCGUCGGGCCCCGUUCCCAACCCCCAGCCGGUGGAGGCCGCUGGGGGAGACACCAACAACGGGGCUCCGAAGCCCGCGGAAAAACCAACGGCGCCCGCGAAGGGCAAGAAAGGCGUCCUUUCCUCGGCAGCCAAUGACUCCGAGGGUCAAAAGCUCGGCCCGGCCUGUGGUCCCUGCAAAAGAGCCAAGAUACGUUGCAAGCAUCGUCUGGUACUCGACGAUGCGAGCAACGUCUCCCCUUCCAAGAAACGGAAGCGGGAUGCAGGGUCCCAGGUCGGCGUCGCAGCUGACAAGCAAAAGGACGCCAACAACAACGACGUCUCUGUGGUGGGCGUGGAGGCCGAGGCUCCCCCACCUGCAAAGAGGGCGCGAAAGGCCCAGCAGAAGGAGGGUGGUGCCGUCUCUUCGGAGACAAAGCCCUCUCUUGACGCUGGGCCCGCAGCUGGCCCUGCCAAGAGACAGACUCGGGGCAGUUCGAAGAGGAAGCGCGAGGCCGAAGAGCCUCAAGCCGACUCAGAGGCUGCAGCCGCUGCUGGCGCGACAACCGCCACGGUCAGGGAGGAGAACAAACCUCCCGUGAAGCGUCCGAGGCGGGCACGCAAGCCAACGCAGAGUGUCGCUUUUGCCGACCCUGUCGUGCCCGCCUCGACGGUUCAGACCGUCACACCCGCCGCAGCUCCCGAGCGACGGUAUCCGAUCCCCUUCCCACUCGACAACCUGGAAGGGUCCGCCAUGAUCGCCUACCAUCGCGUCCAAAGCCGGAGGUUCGAAGCUCUGGUGGAGGAUGCCAACUCCAAGUGGGUGGCCGCGAUGGAGGCGUUCCAAGCCGUCAAGGACCACCUUGACGGCUGGGCGGACCAGUGGGCGAGGGGUGGAUAA